AGAGGGCUGAGAUCGGCCUGCGGAGGUGAUUGCUAUAGGCCUUGCCUCCCUCUCCUUCUCCUCGUUCUCAAGCUUCUUGUUGGUUCAAGGGCUAGUUUUUUUCAGUUGCUUCUUCCGACCUCGGAUUUUCCGGGUGGCAACUGUCUCUCCAUCGGUGUCUUUCGCCUGAACCAGAACAUCUGGAUACCAGCUUAUCAUGUCCGACUUGUCUGCUGUCUUGCCGCAAAUGCACGCGUGGCUUUCCGCGAAUGCGCCUGCCGUGCUGUUUGGUCUGUUCACCACGCGGUUUCCGAACUUCAAGAAGAAGCAACUGCAAUCGCAUUUCUCCUUCGUGGAUCGCGCUGGAAUCCUCUACAUUUCCUCGGAGGGCACCGCGGGCAAUGAUGCUGGCGGUGCGGCCGUGCUGACGAGUUUGUCAGGGUCAGAAAUUGCGGCGCAACGGGAGUUGCAAACAUGGGACACACGGUUUUCAGUGGGUGGGUUGGUGCACGUCGACCUUGACAGGGACGUGCGCCUCGCUAAGGUCAUCGAGUGCCGCGGGGUGUCCAUGGACCUCUUCGUGCUGGCCAACGAGGUGCUCGCCCCAGACAUCCCCUUGUGCGCCAUCCGGCAGUUGCCCGAGCAGUUGGCCGCAGACGCGUUGGCGAAGGCUCAUGGGAAGGAUGUUCGGUUUGGCGGAAGUUUCCGCUAUGGAGACUUUGUCGAAGUUCGUUGGCCCGAGCACGGAAUCUACGUGCCACGAAGUUCAGCCGCUAUUGUUGCGGAUGCAAGAAAGCGUUCGUGAUGGUCAAAUUCUCCGAUGGCGGCCAGGAUUCCAAAGUCGCAGUGGCAGAUGUCCGAGCACGCGGCGUCCCUUUCGUGGGCGAGGUGUUCGAGGAGAGCCCAGGGGCGCCGCAACGUGGGCCGCAGACUCGUUCUUUGUUUUCGCGCAAGGACGAGCAGCCUGAGGUGGUGGAAGACCCAGGAUCAACUCGGUUUCCGGGCGUGGUGGUGAGUGUGAACGAAGAGAAGGGAGUUUGCACGAUCGCUUCCCGUUUCGGAUCCAUUUUCUGCCCCCGAAGCGCAGUCAUUGCUGACGGCGAGGCGAAGUUUGAGAUUUCUUGGGAUCGCCAGCUUCGCUUGCAGGCCAACGACGUUGUUCUGGGCCCCCCUGAAGAAAAUCGAGUCGGUGCAGCGGUGGGCUCAGCGCGCCAGGGGCGCGGGCGCAAUCUUGCGCGCCAGGGCGGAAGUCCCCGAGAAUAAGGGGAUUGAUAAGAAGAACGCUGCCACGCUUGAGCGCAUGAAGGCGGCCCAUGUGGCCAAGCGCGCGCGUGCAGAUGGGUGGGCCUACAACUGUCUCCGCCUCGCUGGGCAGCAUUUGUCCUCCCGCUCUCUUUCUCUCUCCGCCGCUUCGCUGGGGCCUUCGCAAUCGAGGGGCGUUUGAUUCAAGACGCGCCCCUUACAGUCGAUCGUAACGCAUGCGCGGCGCAUUCUGCGGCGUGCUUUGUUUGGCGAGGAGGUCCACUCGCGCGGGCCACGUGAGUUUCCUCCUCGGGAUUAGUUUCGGAUCUUCCGAGGAGAUUUGGAUCAACUUUGAAAAAACUUGCUUUCCCGCGCUUCCCAAGGCAUUCCUUUACUAUGGAAAGAUAUUUUCGAUCUCGGAGGGGCCAAGUUUCGGUUUUGACGCCGGAACCAGUUAGACGCCAUCACGAUGCGGCCCGGCAGUGCCAGAACCUUCCGUGCUGGCGCCCGAAUGCAUUUGACUUCGCAGAGCUUUCGGGCGGGCGUUAUGGGGCUGUCGAAAUGAAUUGGCCGACGUUCGUAGUUGCCUUCUCGCGCCAGGGAUCUACCGACGCGCUCCCGUCGGUCGUUCGUGCAAGCCGACGGCUUUGGUUCGCGCGGUUGUCCAGGCCCCGGCGGGCCCCCCUAAGGCUGCGCAUCAAAAGGCGUUGUUGCCGAGGGUCACCCGUUCGUGUUGCCGAUCCAGUUGUUGCGGAUGCCACUAAGGUUGCGCACGAAAGGGCCUUCUUGCCACAGGCCACGAAAGAGGGAGAUGUAAUUUUGGCGUGCGGCUUUCAAUGAAGUGUUUUUUCUCUUGUAGGUGUUUUCCAGCGAUUUCUAAUGUGAGCCUCCGUCCUCUUCACAUCCUCCUCCUGCCUUUCCUCCUGCGUUUCUUUGUCUUGUGCCAGGUUGCCGGAGUCGCGCUCGGCGCUGGUGUCCGGUGCCUGUCAUGUUUCUUUGCUCUCUGGCGAAUUUCUUUGCCGCCUCGCCAGUUGGGCAAGCGAGUGUCCGCACUUCCUCAUAAGAAGCACGUAUGUGUCCCCAGCAAUGGCAGACAUGCGUGUGGCGGUUGAGGCCAGGCAGACUACCCGCCUCGCCGCUCACUCGAUUUUUCCCUUCGUACUCUUUCCGAGGCACGUAUGUGUCCCCAGCAAUGGCAGACAUGCGUGUGGCGGUUGAGGCCAGGCAGACUACCCGCCUCGCCGCUCACUCGAUUUUUCCUCUCGGCGUGAACGUGAACUUUCGAGGCUCCGCGCGAGUCUCUUGGAUCGGCGCCGGGCCCCCGUGGCCUUUUCAGGCCAGAUCUGCCGCUGCUUAUCUGGGCAAGUUCUGCCGCACGCGUCAAGCUGACACCGCACUUCCUUUUACCUUGUUGCCGCCUUGGGGGGCAGGAUUUGUCCGCCCCAGUCCUCGCCGGCAGCAUGCAGCGGGUCCAGAGAACCUUUUUCAGUAUACCGUGCGUGUUCGUUUGAGCGGCUCGAUUGACCGUCGUGGCUACGAGUGGGUCGAGUCAGAAAACCCUUUCCUUUCUCUCUCUCUCGAGCAAGAGAAUGACGCAGACGACGUUCGGAGGUCCGCAGUCCUUGGAUCGGCGCUGG